GCUUAUUUGGUGGGUUAGCCGCAGCAGCGGAACGCGACACGUGAACAUUUCCGAGAGCAACUCAGCUUGUUGACGUUGCCUUGCGUCUGUCUAUCAUACUUGGGCGACCCCUGUUUUCAGCAGCUUACUGCGCUAUCUGUACAAGCCACGAGUUGGUGUCAUACGCACGCCUCGAGACCAGCUGCAUUGCAUCUGGGGUCCCUGAGGACCCCGGCCCGGUGCCUUAAAUCCGUCCUUUUUGGAUCAGUGUGACGCUUCAUCACGAGAUCGUCCACCUUGUUACUUACAGCGGUCAGGCUGGUGGGCAGAACAUGAUGACGGCCUGUCGCAACCAUGGCCGACCUCCUCUACGAUCUUCUGGCAUCUGUCCCAGACAAUGCCUCCCAGCAGCUUCCGCCUGCCGAUAGGGCCUCUCUCGACUACCUUGCGAACCUCACCUCUCAGAGCGUGUCAUCACUCGAAAAUGAGGAGCCGCAAACUCUUGCACACGAUUCCCACAGCUUGCUGCUGUCGCUCCAAGCGCUUUCUAAGAAAUCGCACAAGCCGAUAAUAGAAUCAGCCACGCACCAUGCAGCAUUACGGACAGCAUUGCCUGUCCUAGCCUCUAGCACAACCGAGCUCCGCAACGCUAUCCCGAGGCUUGAUAGCGAGGCCGUUCGGUUCUCGACCACAUACAACAAGUCGGGCGAGAACGAGCUUCUCGCCCGCAGGAAGAAGGCGUUACUACUUUCGCGAAAUGUCGAGCGGUUAGUCGAUGUCCUGGAACUACCAGCUCUUCUUUCAUCUUCCAUAUCCACCGCUCCGGUCAACUAUUCUUCCGCGCUGGACCUCAAUGGCCACAUCCGUCGGUUGCAUGCUCUGCAUUCACAGUCCCCACUAGUCGCAUCUGUGUCGUCGCAGGCAGACGAGGCGAUGCGCACCAUGGCGACAAACCUCGUGCUGUCGCUCAAGGCACCCAGUCUGAAGUUAGCUGCCUCUCUCCGCACCAUCAGCUGGCUGCGCAGGGUGUUGCCCGACAUCAAAGCAGCAGAUCAGAGCGGCGACUCACAGGAGCGGGCUUUGGGGGCCCUGUUCCUAGUCUGUCGACUGGCCAUGCUCAUGACCAUGCUCGACGCCCUGUCGCCGCUGCGAGAGCUAGCUGAUCAGGAGCGUGUCAAGCAGACAUCUUCUCUCAAGAGUGGAAGUGCUUGGUCCGGCGGCCAGCAGACGGAGAAAUAUCUAAAAAAGUACAUUGAGAUUUUCCGAGAACAGAGCUUUGCUAUCGUGUCCAUGUACAGAAGUAUAUUUCCUCAAGCCGAGGUGACUACUGUUCCUACCAACCAGGACGACCCUCUGCAGCCGCUACCAUCACCACUGGCGACUUUUCCGCUCCACCUUGUCGACAUGCUGUUGGAGACUUUGAGACUAUACUUGCCUACCGUCAGAGACCAGACUUCUCGCGAUAGCCUGUUGACCCAGGUCCUGUACUGUGCUGGUAGCUUAGGUCGCCUAGGGGGUGAUUUUGGAUUGUUCCUGGCCACUCUCGAUGUCGGUGGCGAGGCUGAGGAGGAAUGGGUGCAAGUUGUCAAGCGACACAGACUUCUUGCUGGACGGCUAGAGUCUAUAGUUGGGGAUCAAAAGGAAAAGAUUGGCCGUUAAAACGCCGAAACAACGCAAAUAUGAUGACGUCCCGAUGAACUGGUUGAUGUAAACGUG